AUGGACUGCUUCCUUGACUUCUGCCUUGCUUGCGACAAGCAAACCAGCGAAGGUCUUUACUGCUCUCAAGCUUGCCGCUUGGCCGACCUUGAGAAGGCUGGCUCAUCAACACCUUCAUCACCCUUCACUCCUGCCAUGGACUCAACCUCUCAGUCAUAUUUCCCUACUGGCCCAAAUGGCUUCCAGCUUCCUGAGGCUUUCAGCUUCAAGCCUACCUUCACCGAGUCAUCAUCACCUCGUCGUGCCCUGUCACCAUCAUCAUCACGAAGCUCGUUGUCAUCCUCGGCAGGCAGCCAGACGAUCACCACCACCAUCUCAGAGCAAGCACGCACAGAGCUUCAGACCUACGUCAGUGCCUUUGAUCAGACGCGAGAGAUGAAGAGGCGUUCAUUGAGCAGCCACUGA